AUGCGUUUUUGCCAGACUCUCACCACACUUAUCAUCCAAGACUUUUCAAUCACAAGUGAACAGAUGAAACAUCUUGUUGAUCCAUUGAAAUUGAAUACGUCGAUCGUCACAUUAACUCUUUCGCACGUAGGAAUAUCAGACACAAGCGUACAACAUCUAGCUGUCGCAUUACGAUGCAACACAUCAAUCAAAUCACUUGAUCUCCGAAAAAAUUGGAUUAGAGACGUUGGAGCAUGGCAUUUGGCUGAUGGAUUGCGAGCAAACAAAACACUCACUACAUUAAAUCUUCAAUGGAAUGAAAUUGGAGAUAAAGGUGCAGAACAUCUAGCAGAUGCAUUAACAAAUAACAUGACACUCAUAUCACUAGACCUUAAUAGAAAUUUGAUCGGAGUAACUGGGGCACAACAUUUGGCUAGUAUGUUACUUUGCAACACGACACUCAGAUUAAUUGAACUUGGAAGAAAUUCGAUUGAAGAUGACGGAGCAAAACAUUUGGCUGAUGGAUUACGAAAGAACACGACACUCACUAAACUAUACUUACAAGGGAAUCAAAUUGGAGAUGAAGGGAUGGUACAUCUUGCUGAUCUAUUGAGAAAUAACACGACACUUGUCAUGUUCGACUUAGGAAACAACAAAAUCGGAAAUCAAGCCAUGCAGUAUCUCGCAAACGCCUUAGAAAAUAAUACGACAUUGAGAAAACUGGAACUCAACGGCAACAAAGAUCGCUCGUCUACUGUAGUAGGAGCUGUGAUUGCAAUAAGAAAUGACAAAUCACUCGACAUAGUGGAUCUUAGCGGCAAUGAAAUUGACAAUCAUGGAGCAAAGCGUCUUGCUGAUGCGUUACAAAAUAAUACUACACUCAAAUUACUGGACCUCAGUGGAAAUCAAAUCGGAGACGCCGGGGCACAAUACCUAGCUGAUGCGUUACGAGAUAACUCGACAUUGAAGAAACUUGAACUGAAGCGAAACAUUGGUGGUUAUUGUGUUGCCAUUGGAGCAGCGAUGGGAAUACGGAAUGAUGAAACACUGAUCACGUUGAAUCUGAGUGGUCGAGAAAUCGACAACAAAGGAACAGAAUAUCUGGCUAAUGCUUUGAGCAAUAAUAAAACCCUCAGAAUACUCGAUCUAAGAUACAAUGAAAUUGGUGAUCAAGGAGCACAAUAUUUGGCGAAGGCACUAAGAAAUAAUAAGACACUGAUUAUACUAGACCUCUUCGGGAAUUAUAUCGGAGACCAAGGAGCGCAAUACCUAGCUCAAGAAUUACAGCAUAAUACAACUUUGAUUACAUUGAACAUUGGUGGAAAUCUGAUUGGAGAACGAGGCACAGAGCAUUUGUUUCAUCAACUACAAUAUAACACGACACUCAACAUACCAGACUUACGUUGGAAUCGCAUUGGAGCCGCAGGAGUAGAAUAUUUAACUCGUGCGCUACAAACUAGUGCGACAGUUACCACUCUAAACUUUGACAAAAACUAUGUUGGUGACGAAGGGACAAAACAUCUGGCCGAAGCAUUAAGAGAUAACAAGACUGUCACUACAUUAGAUCUCAAAUACAAUGAAAUCAGUGACGAAGGAAUACAAUAUCUAGCAAAUGCAUUACGAAAUAACAAAACAUUGACUAGAUUCGAUCUUAGAUACAAUGAAAUCGGAGAUGAAGGUGUACGAUAUUUGCGUACUGCAUUCCAAGAGAAUACAACAUUGACGAAACUUCAACUAGAUGGCAAUAAAAGUGAUCUUGGUAUUGCUACAGGAAUUGCGAUUGCAUUGCGAAAUGACAAAAAGUUAACUACUCUAGCAUUGAAGCGAAAUCGCCUUGGAGACGAAGCGAUACAAUAUAUAGCUGAAGAAUUACGACAAAAUUCGACACUCAUUACAUUUGACCUCAGUUGUAAUGAAAUCGGAGAUCAAGGAGCAAAACAUCUAGCAGACGCGUUACGGAAUAAUAAAACACUCAAAUUGUUAGAUCUUCGAGACAGUCGAAUUGGAGAAAAAGGAGCACAAUAUCUAGCCGAAGCAUUACGAAAUAAUACGCAGACAUUGACAAAACUGGAAUUACAGAACAAUAAUAGUGGAUAUUGUAGUGCUGUAGGAGCAGCUAUUGGAAUACGAAACGAUAAAUCACUUAUCACAUUAGAUCUUAGUGGUGAAGGAAUCGAUGAUAAUGGAGCACAAUACAUCGCUGAUGCAUUACGAAAUAAUACAACACUGAGAUCAUUGGAGCUUAAAGAUAAUCGAAUUGGAGACAUUGGUUCACAAUAUCUGGCGGAUGUGUUACGAGACAACAAAACACUAAUCGAACUCGAAUUGAAGCGAAAUAUUGGUGGCUACUGCGUUGCCGUAGGAGCAGCAAUCAAAAUACGAAACGAUAGGACACUAACUAUCUUAGAUCUUAGUGGUCAAGAAAUAAAUCACAAAGGAGCAGAACAUCUAGCAAAUGUUUUGCAAAAUAAUAAGACAUUGAGAGUAUUGAACCUGAGUUACAAUGAAAUCGGUGCUAGAGGUACACAACAUUUGGCAGCAAUCAUUCGGAACAACAAAACACUCAUUAAAUUAGAACUUCUCGGAAAUCAUAUCGGAGACAAUGGAUCACAAUAUUUGGCUUAUGCACUAAUGAACAACACGACACUUACUACUCUGGGUCUUCGAGAUAAUAAUAUAGGAGAUGUGGGUGCACAACAUUUGGCUAGUGGAAUACGAAAUAACACGACACUCUGUACAGUCGAUCUUAGUUUUAAUCCAAUCGGAAACGAAGGAAUACAACAUCUAGCUGAUGCUUUACGAAAUAAUAAAUCACCUCCUACAGUAUACCUUCAAAUGAAUGAAAUCUUCGCAAGAAACGACCAAUCUCUACCGAAUGCAUUACGAAUCAACAGAACAUUAAUGACACUGCACUUUGAUGACACCGAAUCUCGAGAUGAAUCCGAGAGACAAAUUGUAAAAUUUGUCCGAUGA